AUGAAUCUCAUUUUUCUCGGGAAGCAAUUUUCUGGCAAAUCAACACUCAUCGCACGGCUCAAAAAUGAUCUUCUUGUUGCCGAAAAAGAUAAUCCUUCGGCUUUUGAGUACAACUACAUUGACCUGAAGUAUUCUGAAGGCGAAAACCAAAUGACAGCAAAUGCAUGGUUGCUGGCCUCGGAUUUGGGCAUGGAAAAGCAUCUGCGUUUCAUCUUAACUCCAAAAAACAUAUGGAACAGCCUCAUUACUAUAUGCGUCAGUUUGGGAGAGCCGUGGGAGGCGGAGGAGUCCAUCAAUCAGGCUCUCCAGCUCGUGGAGGACCACAUAAACCAAAUGCAAGAGCUGUAUGCAAUCGAACAGGAGGAAUUGCAAAGCAGCCUUGAACGAUAUUUGCGCGGUUAUGUUGAUCCCACUACGGAGGCGAAACUGCCCAACUCACCAACUUCAUCAACAGGACGUCGAAUGAGUAUCGUGCUAGGUCACAGCGAAGAGGGCAGCGAAUGUGGUGGUGAUGAAAAUGGCGAGCAAUGGCAAUGGAAUUGUCUCCAUCCUGAUGACUUCUCAGAUCCAGGCAAUCCUUUGCCUCCUUUGAAUGAGGGCGCUUGUACGAGAAAGACGCUUGUUCCCGUUCUAAUUGUUGCCACCAAGAGCGAUCUUAUCGAACACCUACAGACUGUUCUUGGCUACACCGAGGAAACAUUGGAUGCUAUUCAACUGCGUCUGCGACAAAUGGCCUUCGAGAUUGGCGCUGGUCUCAUCUACACAUCGGCGCGGAAGAUGACAAAUAUAAACCUUUUCAAGCGAUAUUUACAACACCGUCUAUUCGGCGAGGAGUUUCUGGACACGGCACAAAUUUUGCAACAGGAGAGCAUAUUUAUACCCGCCGGUUGGGAGACCCUUGCCAAGAUGGAAGUGGUUUCAGCACAGUUGCCGGAGAAUUCAGUAGGCAUUCCGUGUAAACCACCUAUCGGUCUAAGAAUACGCCUUUGCAACUCUGCUCGUGGGUUCGCCUCACCUUACACCUCACAAAGAGGAAGUAAAUAUUUGAAAACUGAGGAAUUUGUGAAGGCCGAGGAUGAACAGACUUUUCUUAUGCGCAUCCGCAACAAACUCAACGUCUUGGAGGCCAGUGAGGAGGCAAAUUUGAAACAGAGAGUCAUUGAGGAUGGCGAAAUGGCACGUCGGCUCCACCAUGGACGAUCAGCAAGCAUCGCUAUAGGAAUGGAGAUGAGGAAGAGGGAGAGAGUACGUAAACUAGAGACAAAUGUUGAAGGGGACGAGGACGAGGAGGAAGUGGCAGUGCUGAGCAACUUUUUCACUACCCUCCUCAAUAAACGCCACUCCAUGCUCCCUCAGUCCUCCUUGCACUCCAGGCAUUUGGAUUCCCUUUCGCAGGACCAGAGCCUCGCCAUUCAGAAGAUUCUUGCGAGUCCUAGUUUGGGUUCCCUUGAUUUGACAUUUGCAAAAUGCAAGACUUUCAAAGUAAAAUACCUCGAGCCAAAAAACAAUACUUACAAUCAGAAAGGCAUUGAGAGGACAUUGGAAGAAUGUGAUUCCACGCCAAAAGAUGAUGCUGUUUGUAAUGUAGAUGAAAAAGCCAAACCAAGCUACUGUCACCUAGCCGAUCCAAUGGAGGAGACAACGAUGGAAGACUUGUCUUCGAGAAGGCACGUAACUUUCAGGUCGGAGAACACAGAACCAAGAAGUGAAGCAGGAUUAGAAUUUGAAUUAGACGCCUCAUCUCUCUUACAAGUCACCGAACAUGAGGAUGCGGAAGUGGAACCUCCACCUAACCAAACUGAGGCACCGAUCACUGCAGAGUCCGCUGAGACAGAGGAGGCUGUGGGGAUUGCCAAUGCUUCAGACCGCAGCCUGUCUCCUGAUACCACUUGCAAGGAGGAAGGCAUGGAUUUGAGUGGAGCUGCAGUUGCACUAGCAACUGAAGACAGAGGAGAAGUCGAAGCUCAAAUACUGGAUGACAAUGGGCCCACCUUAGCUGACGAGCUUAGUCAGGAAAUCAUGGGUGGAGAAGACUACGUUGGACCAACGUCAAGGGAAGCAGGAGAGGAGGCGGAGACGGAUGCGGCGACUGGAGGCUGCUCAAAGGAGGCAUCAGCCUCAAUUGACGGAGAGCAUCACCGUGAGGCCACAAAUAAGGACCCCGAGGAUUCAACCAACGACAUCCAAUGCGUGAAAAUGAUGGGAGAACCGAAAGUGGAGAACGCAUCGAAGCCCGAGGCCGAGACGCUCCCUCAUGCCGGUGCAGAGGUUGAACCAAGAAGGGAAGACGACAAUCAGGAUGCGGACGACGGAACUCUAAAAAUGGAAGAAUAUUUAGGUGAUGAGGAAGGAGACAAUGCAUCUUCGUCAGCCAUACAGACACAAAGGAACGAGCAUCAUCAAGGAGCUAAAAAGGAUGGUUUCGAUGGAGUUACGUGUGAAUCAAAGUGGCAGGGAAUGUUGGAGGAGGAGGAGGAGGAGGUCACAACGGAGCUAAAGGUUGAGGCGACCGCCACCGUUAACGCAGAAAGUGAAGAAAGAAACGAAGAUGCCGCCAAGUCAGGGGUAGAGGCUCCUUCACUGGUGGAGGGCAAUCGGUGUGGUGAAGAAGAACGAGAAAAUGAAACUGAGGCACUCAGCAGUGAGUCACAGAACGAGAGCCAAAGAGGUGAUGCCGUAGACAAUCCAACAGCCAAACAGAGGUGUGAAGACAAGAAUAAGAACGAUGGUAAGCUCAUUUGGAGGGGAUUUAUUCGCCGAUGCAAUGCGGAGAACUUUACUGUCUGUGGCCUUACCUACACAGAGUGUCAACAGGAGUGCUUGGAGGGGGACCAGGACAAACCACGAUGUGGAUUAAAUUUGGGAGAGAUGAUGGGGGGACUGCAAGAGGCGGAUUUCACAUCCGAUGCCAAACAGGGAGACCAUUUUGACACCCACCCAGUGAUAGAGGAGUCAAAGACGACUGAGGCGGACUUAAGAAGUGCUGAAUACGACUCUCCACCUUCAGCAGUCAUUGAGACACAUUGGAAAGGAUCUUCAAGUGAAACAGAAAAAGGUGGUGUAUCCGGCGAUCUGACAGCGGUGCUCCAAGAAGUAGAUGUUAAAGAAGCGUUGCCUGGAGAACCUCACCCAGAGGCCAGAGAUGAGGAUGAGGAUGAAGAUCAGCCUCUAGUGCAGCUGGAAGGUGCAACGGAGACGAGGGCUACAAUUGAACUCGAUGUGAUGACAGACCAUUCCAUCGGUGAUGCAGAACGUUGUCAGGACGCCUUAGAGGAGGGUGAGGGUAAAGCUCAGUCGGAUUCUAGGUUGAUGGAAGCGACGGAAGUGGAAAUUGAGGAUAUUUCUGAUGGAGAUGGUGAGGAGCAUGGAAACCACGUGGAGAAAGUUCACAAAUCGUCAGAUAAGGAGGAAGAUGAGACGAAAGACGGGGUAAAUGUUACUGACCAUGAUGACACCGAUGAUGCAGUUUCUGGACUUGGAGCAGGUGAUGUGACCGGCUUUGAUGAAAUGGCGCUUUCACACUCGGCAUUGAUAGGCGUUCGUGGCGGACUCUGCGCAAUGAUUAUGUGGCUUGCACAGGAGGAAUUUCGUUGUCACCGCUUUACGUUCGCUUAUUUUGCCAUUCCCGAAGAUGUAAAACGGAAAGCAUUCAAACGCCAACCUACAGAAGAACCAGCGGAUGAGGUGAACUUGGAGCACUUGGCAGCAAACGGCAACAUGGUCUGUGAAGGCGUGGAUUAUGACAGUACGUCAGUGGGACAAGCGAAUGCUCAAGAUGGCGUGGAAAACGUGUCAGAAGGCGUACCACUAGACAAAGGACUUGACAGCCAACGUGAAGAUGUGGACGCUCCUCUUGGAGGUGGGCAAGUGGCUGAGAUUUUGACGCACAUUCUAGGUAAGGCGAACUUUAGAGUUGAGGAGGAAGAAUGCACAUUGUCAGAUAAAAAGGAGGACGAAAAGGCGAGGGAGGAGGAGGAGGAGGUGAAAGAGGCAAAAGGCGAGGUAGACGGGACUGGUCAAGAUGACGAGGAGGAGGAAUGGGGCGCACAGACUUCGGCAGAAGUACCACAGGAGACCGUCCAACUGACAAGCGAAGUGGAAUUGGAGGAUUCUACUCAGACGGGAGAAGUCGUUGACGAAACGAUUAGCGACUUGGCGAGCCCUGAAAAUCGCAAGGAGUGUGAAAAUCGUGAGACUGAACUACUGGAGGCAGGAAAGAGUGACGAAAGCCUGAAUUGGGACCGACUCGCAAACCCUUCUGAGGAUCAGCACGCACAGCAAUCAGAAAUUGCUGUCCACGGAGAUGCUGAGGUCAGCAAGGAACCCGGACACAAGAGUUGGCCCGCUGACGAUGGUAUUGAGAAUGGAAUAAGUGAAGGUGGGAGAGAGAUGGAGGCGACAUGUGUUCAUCGGUUCUGCAGUCUCCAGCGCCUCAAUGAAAUUGAUCCACCAGGGGAAUCCUCAAUCAAGUUUCUUGCCAUGUCUAAAUCGGAAAAAAAGGCAAAUACAGUAGUUGGUCGCUCAGAUAAAUAG